CUACAUCUAUCAACCGCAAUUGUAACAAGUACCAAAGCCUUCACAAACUCUCAGCCAAGAUGAAACCGGUAACGAUGUUCGCUUGUCUGAUCGUGCUGAUCUUCUCCGUUGAGAACGUGCUGUGCGCUUGCCCUUACGCACAUCCGUACCCGUACCCUUAUCCAUCGUACGAAUGUGGACCGAACGAGGAAUAUCAAGAGUGUGGUACAGCCUGUCCUAAGAACUGUCUGGAACGGGAGGAUAAAGCUUGUACCUUGCAGUGUGUGCAGGGGUGCUUCUGCAAGCCCGGAUUCAUUCGGGAAACGAAGGAUGGCAAAUGCAUUCCGGAGUGUGAGUGUCCCUGCAACUAACGGACAAUAAUAGGGGGCAGUGCAAAUGAACCGGAUCGGGAGUAGCCGGAUCGCUCGUGCAAUGCAAUAAACGGCUUUUUCAAGCGAUAUUCUAAUUUCGAUUAA